CGUAUUGGCGGCUGCACUCACUUCCUGGUUACGGGGUUGUCCAGCCAUGAGUUUUGAGUGGCCUUGGCAAUUCAAUUUCCCGCCCUUCUUUACGCUACAGCCCAAUGUUAACACUCGACAGAAGCAGCUGACAGCCUGGUGCUCCCUGGCACUGUCUUACUGUCGUCAUCAGAAACUCUACACACUGGAUGUAAUGGAGGCCCAAGAGAGCCCAGUCUUCAACAACAAGAAAAUACAGCGGAAACUCUCAACAGACACAAUUCAAGUUAUAUUCGAAGAGCUCAGAAAAAAAGGGAACUUGGAGUGGAUAGAUAAAAACAAAACACGUUGUUUGAUAAUGUGGAGGCGACCAGAAGAAUGGGGGAAACUUAUAUAUCAAUGGGUUUCAAAAAAUGGAAUGACAAACUCUGUGUUCACACUAUAUGAGCUCUCCAAUGGAGAUGACACUGAAAAUGAAGAAUUCCAUGGUUUGGAGGAUUGGUUGUUGCUGAGAUCACUUCAAGCCUUACAGCUGGAGAGAAAGGCAGAAAUUAUUACUCUCAAUGACAGCAAAGGGGUCAAGUUCUUUUGAUGUUUUCCGUGACUACAGACUGAUCCCCUGA